UUAUUAUUUAUUAUUGUCGUUGUGGUUUUGGUUCCCGCGAGGCCGUUUUUCAGGCGAAAAGUGGGAUGAUCGGGAGCGCUGCGGGGAGGUGGCUGUGGGGCAGGGACAGGUCUCCUGAGGGAGCGCCGCCUGUGGGAGUGGGUCUGCUUGUGUGGGGGCUGUGUGUUUUGGGGACCCCGUGGGAGUCCCUGCGAGGUGUGUGUGGCUUGUGGUGGCUCUGCUGUGACGGUAUGUGUCGCUCCGUGAUGGGUGCACCCGUGGGCUCCUGCGGGUUUCAUGCAUUUGGCUCUUGCUCUUCUCAUUUGUCUGGGUUUUGCUGUGCCGGAUCUGAACCCAAACGCUGCCCGCUGGCUUCUGUGCCCAUCAGGCAGGUGAGGGUUUGGGGAAAAGGGGAUCAGAAAGGAGCAUGUGGGAAGAUGCAUGCAGCCCUUCGGACCCGUGGCGUGUGGCUCUCGGCACCGCGUCCUCUGGAGCCCCGUCGAGUGAUGCCGUGGGCGGCAGGUGCCGGGACACCUUUCAGCCUCCUGGGUACCGCUUCAGCCCUCGCUUUGUGCCGCCUUCCACAGGAUCCAGCCAUCUGUUCCCUGAAGGAGCCCCGCGGACUUAAUUAUUACACCUCCAUUUUCUGAAGUGGAGAAAGAAGCGGCUUUCGGGGGCACUGAGUGGUUGCUUUGGUAUUGGUCUUCUUGUGAAGCCUUCCACUCUAUUUUGGCUAUAUAUCUAGCCCUUGUUGUGUGGAGGAAAUCUUGGAAGCAUGAAUGGUGUGCACCCCAAAACCUAUAGACUUGAAAAACCAAGAAGGCAUGAGGUGCAGUCCUGGACAAGAGCUACCAAGCAAUCCUUGUGUCUCAUGUGGCAAAAAGUGAAAAUACAGCUGAUGCUAAGCAUGUCUUUCCUCGUCACUGUUUUUUGGUAUUGCAGAAGGCUGUAUGGCUUUUUAGCACAGCUAUUGAAACGGUGGAGCGACUACCUUCAAAGAAAACUCAUAAAGAAUCGCAGUGUGUUGGCAGAAGUUGAUCUACUUGGCUAUAGUGCAAGAGAAUGGAAGGGAGAAACCAAGCAGGCCAAACAUAUGAGGGAGGCAUAUAAUGAAUUGUUUUGGAACUGUCAUAUCAAGUAUCUGCGACAGGUCAAGAAGGACAACUAUUGCGUGCUAAGAGCAGUACUUUUUCAAAUACUCAGCCAAGGCAUUCCUUUUCCGUCAUGGAUGAGGGAGAGGGAUAUCUUAAAGCUCCCUGAAAAGCUUUUGUAUUCUCAAGGUUGCAACUGGAUUCAGCAGUACAGUUUUGGUCCAGAAAGAUAUACAGGUCCCAAUGCUUUUGGAAAAUUACGCAAAUGCAUGGAAACAUUAAAGACAAAUUGGAUUGAAAUAAGUGGUACUAAAGAUCACGAAGAAAGAGGAAACUUGUGUAACACCCUCUUUUCUGAUGAGAGCAAGGAGCACAGACUAUAUGAGGCCAUAAAAUUCAUCAUGCUUUAUGAAGUUGUUGAAGCCUAUGAGCAGAUAAAGAACAGGGAAGAACCCAUACCCCAUCUUUUUAGCCGCCUCCUUGCUCGGGAUACUUCGUCUGACCCUUUGAGUUUCAUGAUGAAUCAUCUGAACUCCAUAGGUGACUCUGGUUGCCUAGACCAGGUUGAAAUAUUUCUUCUUGGAUACUUACUUGAAGUGAAGAUUAGAGUUUACAGACUGCAUAGGUUUAAUACUGAAGAAUUUCAGGUAAACUAUCCAGAUGAGUACCGAAGGGAAUGGAAUGAGAUUUCCCUCCUGACUGAGGAUGACCGCUAUUAUCACAUCCCUGUUAUCAGAACGUGAAGGUCCAAUGACUGUGUUUUGUUUUUUUCUUUGUACAAUAUAGUGAGUAACCGGUUCCAGUGAAUUAGGUUUCUAAUUGGCAGCAGAUAUGCAUGUUGAUGAUUACAAAAUGAUUUGUGGGUUUAUUGUGUAAACACUUUGCUUUCCCAUUACAGCUCAAUUCACUGCCAGUCAGCCAUAAAGAAGCAUAAAAUGUAUUGUUAUAUACUGUCUGGGGGAAAAUGUCAUAUUUGAGGGUUGUUGGACACAAAAGAUUAGACUGCAUGACCAAGAAAGAAAAGGUAACAUCAUGUUUUCCUUUGUUAGGCUAGUGGUUUACUCAGACAAUACCUGGAUGGCUUAAACUGAAGUUCCUAAAGCAAUUCCUGCCUCUCCCUUUUCUGUCUAGCUAGGAUGGAUGAAUCACACAGGAGGCAACUCCUGGGGUCCUGAGUUUAUGCUCCAGGACAUGAAACUUGCACUGAUUUGAGGCUACCUAGCAUGUGAGGCUGUAAACUGGGGCCACUGUGUAGCUAAUUCAGAUCACAUCCAGCUUUCACAGUUGCUGCAAUGUCUCCCUCCAGAGACAGAAAGAGCAAACAGCUGCAGACUGCAGUUACUUCAGACACUUGAAAUUAAGCUGUCUGCACUCAGUACUGGUAUCUGAAACUGAAGAAGUGUUACAAAGAAUGAGAGAAAACCACACACACAAGAAUAUAGUGCCAGAUGAAAGUUUAGACUCCAGUGUUUGAAGAAAUCUGUCUGGGACAACUAAAUGAGAUUUACUUUAUUAUAUGGGACCUUUUGCCUGAUUCUAUUUUCUAAAAGACUCAAUUGUGUUUUGAUUAUUUCUAAAAUGAGGGACCUUAACUUGAACAAAUAUUAAAAUGAUAUAGUAGAUCUUGCAAAAUAUUUGUGAAAUAUAUUUAAAAUCCCAUAGGUAUCAGUUAUAUUGAGAAAGUGGGGGUUAUUAAGAAACGAAGUCUCCUCUUUCCUUGUCCUAGAGGUACAGUAGUAGGUAGGUUUGGUUUUAAUUCUUGCAGGGGAAAAUAGAAGCUCCUAGUAGUAAUUAAGCCCCUUUAGUAGUAAUUAAGAAUACAAAAAUGUCAUCUGGGCCUGCAGGAGCUACAGCAGUUGAAUGUGGUGACUAAAUGGUAAUGUUUGGAGUGCACAAAGAUUACUCUGCUCCUUUGUGCAAAGCAAUGAAAUUUUAUCCCUUACAGUCCUUUUAUUUGUAUGUAUAUGUGUGUAUAUAUAUAUAUUUAUAAAUACAAACACUUGAGUGCUGUAUUAUAGCAGGUUUGUUUCUUGGAAGCUUUUCCAAGUUCAGUUUUGUUCGGUAAUUUGUAGCUUUUAAUUAAAAAGGCUUGAUAUGUAUAAGAAUUUCAUCUCAUCAAGAUCUGCAUGACGAGUAUUUAUUUAAAACAAACAGGCAACAAAACAAAACCAACUUUUUUCACUGAAAAUUUUCACUUUUUUGCCCACUUCAGAUUUGGUUCUGCUCCAUGUGGAGAAAUGUUAUAAUGCCUGGGCGCAGGGUAUUGUUGUCUAUUUUUCAUCAACAGUAUGUAUAACACUUGCACCUAUCAAUAAACUUAUCUAUAUUUUAUUCUUGUUUUGGUACAAGCAGACAUACCAAAAACUGUAUAUUUUUAUAGAGAGCUUUUUAAUUGUUUGCUAUUAUUUAUGAAUAGCAAUGCAAAAGCAUGAUAGCUGAAAGUGUUAAAUUGUCAAAAAGUAUGUUUAUGGAAUGUCAAGCACCUUAAUAGAAGGGAAUUAAUAAAGAUCUAACAAAGACAGUGAAAUUUA